GUAAACCGGCAGCGCUAAGACCCAGUGACUUCACCUCACCCGAGCACGGAUGUCGGUGCACCGUGUGCUUGUUUAGUGCACGCGCUUACUCCGUACAGCUCCAGUCGCACUUGGCAGCACUUGAUCAUCAGAGUGCAGACUGAGACAUGGCUGCGAACCGGGUGGGAAGACGGUAUAACAGCAAAGUGCACUCUCCCAGCAGAGGCUCUGGUCGGGAAUCAGGACUGAGUGUGCAGAAGAGGCAAGCCCGAGUUACAGUGAAAUAUAACCGAAAGGAGCUGCAGAGGCGUCUGGAUGUGGAGAAGUGGAUAGACACUGGGCUAGACGAGCUCUAUUUGGGAAGAGAAGAGCACAUGCCGGAGGAGGUCAAUAUUGAUGAGCUUUUGGACCUGCAGAGUGAUGAGGAGAGGACCAAAAGGCUCCAGGAUAUUCUCCAUUCCUGUAAUACUAACACAGAAGCAUUUAUUAAGGAGCUGGUGCUGAAGCUUCAUGGGCUGCAGAAACAGGAAGACCUCCACAAUGACGGCAUUGAGCAUCCUCAGCUCCACAUCUUCCCUAAUCGCCAAAACUCUGCCAAUUCGGAAAUACUUUAAGAUGCACUGACAGCACCCCUUGCUUGUAUGGACAGAUCUUUUCCUUUUUUAACCCUACCACUGACCCACCACUGUUUAGUUUUAGUGUUAACACAGACCGCAUCUAAAAUGCAUGCAAAGCAUCCAGAUGGAACUAAUUCAGCACUCAGCCUGUAAAACAACAUACAAAACAGAAACGCACACACACGCGCACACACACACACAAACACACACACAUCUAUUAAUUGACUUUUAACAUGACCAUUAAUGCCAGGUUGUAUAAACCAAGUUUCACAAGCAAAUAAGAAUGAGAUUUUUGUUAUUUCUAUGAUCAGUUUUCAGCUGAUUUCUAGUAAAUGCUGAAGGUUUAAGUGGCUUGUACACACUUUCUUCAUGUGACCCCUGAGUUGUGAGACUUUUCUGCUUCUUGUGGUAACAACAGUAGUUUUUAUGCCAUAUUGGACUAUAUAAUGUGUAUGUCAAACUAUAUAAUGUGAGACCUUGGAAUUAUAGGUGUCUUAUUUUUAAUGCAUAAAUGAGGUAUGAAUAUAUAAAAUGUAUACAUAUUAAUUAUAUGCAAAAGAAUAUACAGCAUGUGAGAAGGUUUUACACAAAAAUAUUAACUAAUUACCUUAUUGGUAAUCAAAACUUUGUGGCUCAACAUCUUAAAAUGAUAGAAAUGUUACAUAGACCCUUAUAAUUCCAAGAUCUUGAAUGGCUCUUGUCAUAAAUAGUUCACUACUGCUUUAAGCUCUACAACCCAGAAGCAUAUCCUAUGUUGAAGUAACUCUGUGCUCACCUGAGAUCUAGACUCAAAAGGAAACUGUAAGUGCUGGUUCGAUCAUGGUGAUUUUACUGUGCAGGACCAAAGAUUUUUAUUUAAUAUCUUUCAUUUUAAUGUGUAUUUAAAGUCUUUAUGACUACUUUGUUUGUCUUGAUUGUUUUUAUUAUUACUAUUUCAUAUUUAGUAUGUAUUACUAUUCGUCUUCAGUAGCCUUUCCUGGGAACAUUGGGCAUGAGGCAGAGUAUGAGGCAUUUAGAGUAGCCAAUCCACCUUCCAACAUGUUUUUUCAGAGGUGGGAGGAAACCGGAGAACCCAGAGGAGAACCAUGUGAAGGAGAGAACAUGCAAUCCUCCACACAGACAAUAAAGUGGAGCUGUGAGCCGGCAGUACUACCCACUGGUCUAACAUGUUGCCAUAUUAUUAUUAUUACUCUGUUAAGAAGAGGCAGUGAAAAUCAUACAGUUUUGUUAAAUUUAAUAUGAUUUACAUGUAUCUUAAAGUGAUCAAUGUCAAUGUUACAUUUUUAAUUCUCAUAAACACGUACAAUACAUCUGGUUUUUAUUUAUCUAUCUAUUUACACAGAGCUCUGAUGAAGGCAUGCUUUCUUAAUGAAGCCCGGAGGUAUUACUUUACUGGCUGCUGCUGCUUCUACAUGAUAAGCUGCUUGAGAUCACACUCAUAUCAACAUAUAUACACUCACUGGCCACUUAAUUAGGUACACCUGCAUACCUGUUUGUUCAUGCAAUUAUCCAAUCACCCAAUCAUGUGGCAUCAGCACAAUGCAUAAAAUCAUGCAGGUACAGGUCAACAGCUUCAGGUAAUGUUCACAUCAAAUAUCAGAAUGGGGAACAUAUGUGAUGAUUGUUAAAAAAAAAAAAAGAAAGCAUUGCCUGGUCUUUUUCCAAUCUUUUUAACUGUAGCCUCAAAUUCCUGUUCUUGGCUAACAGGAGAGGAACCCAAUGGGGUCUUUGGUGUGCCUUGCAUUCUGAGAUGCUUUUCUGCAUACCGUGGUUGCAAAGGGUGAUUAUUUGAGUUACCAUAGCCUUCUGUCAGCUCGAACCAGUCUGGAGAUUCUGCUUUGAACUAUCUCAUCAACAAGAUGUUUCCGCCCACUGAACUGCUGCUCACUGAAUGCCCUCUGAAUGAACUCUAGAGAUUGUUGUGUGUGAAAAUCCCAGGAGAUCAGCAGUUUCUGAAAUACUCAGACUAGCCUGUCUGACACCAACAACUGUGCCAUGUUCAGUCACUGAAAUCACAUUUUCUCCCAUUCUAAUGUUUGAUGUGAAGAUUAAAUGAAGCUCUUGAUUGUGCAGAUGUUUAAUUGCUAAUUGAUAAGACCAGUUGUAGGUCUUUGGGGGAAAUUUCAAGUGAGAUCUGACUUUGUUAUUUUAUGUUUUAAGUAUCAUAGCAUUCCUCAAUCUUAUAGCAGGCCCAUUAUUCCAGUGUUGAUGUAACAUCCUCAGGAUUCUACCCACUUUAUCAGUCACUUUUAAAAGGUUUGUUUUCUGUAAUAAAAGUUAAAUGUAAAUUUGGUAUAUGUGUUUGUUUGCUGAAACUGUCAGAGGUUUCUGUUUUAAAUAAAAGAGCUUGAAUCUCA